ACUGGAGACGUUCUUCAUGGAUACACAAGGUAUGGUCAGAAGCGAAAGGAAUGACGGCAACAAUACCAUUAUAGAGUUGGCGUCAACUGGCGGGAAUACUUCAGAGCAGCAGAUCGGGGAGGUUCUUCCAUCGAGCUCCGUCCAGCAGGGGACAGGCAGCCCCACUAACAAUGCAUCGUCCACACCCAAACGGCGCGACAGCGACUCGACCCUUUAUUCUUCGGCAGGAGGCCAGAAAAAACGGUGUUGUGGGCUACUAAGACCUGGGGGACGAAAAAAGAGUAAGGAGGUACAAUUGGGGAAACAAAGAGAUGAUGAUGGGCUGACCAAGAAGCGAGAAGCCAUGAUGCUUGUGAGCGUGCUGAUAGCAACGCUCACUUACCAGGCCGCCCUCAACCCUCCCGGUGGCUUCUGGCAGGAUGCUAAACCUGGAUCGGCAGGCUCCAGCACUGCUGCGGCACCCGAAGAUCAGGAUGCUCCUGGACCUGCAGGCACUGCAAUCAAUCGCGACUUUAAUGGCUUCCAGUGGUUUCUGAUAGCUAACACGGUGGCAUUAUUUGCAUCUUUGGUCAACAUCUUGUUCUUGACCAGCGCCAAAACGCUUAGGUGGCGGUGUAUGAUGUGGCUGUUGAUGGCCCUGAUGUGGAUCUCCGUCUUCUCCGUAGCGUUUAGUUUCUUUUGGGGAGUGCUAAUCAUCCUGAGAGAUCUAUCAUACCCAGCGGUUAAUUACUUAAUUUAUUUCGGCUUAGGCUGCAUGGUGCUCUUUGCCCUACUGGUGCUGUUGCACGCUUUCAUUGGCUUGAAGAAGGUUUACCGCUGGUUGAAGCCGAAACAAAGGGCUUCUCCCUCUCUCUCUAAUAAAACAACUUAAUUCCGAUGGUGGCUUGCUUCUUAUCGGCCAAGGCAAGUUGUUGAAGUCGACCGUGGAGCAUUAUCUCCGAAUCUACUGACUCUUGCCGAGAUGAAGAAGAUAUCUCCACGGAUAAUCUUGCUGGAAUUUGGAGUCUUGCUGCAUGCUCUGUAGGUUUAUUGGAAAUAUUUUGGAAACCUUCCUCUCUUACGUGUUUGCCGUCUACAAUAGUAUAUUGUAUUUAUCGAAAGAUUUCCGUUGUCUGUGUUGUCGUAUAAGUAUGAAAUUACAAAAAUAAAAAGACCCAAAUUGCUGGUGUGUUGUGAUA